AUGACCAGCAACGUCCAACCUCAGCCUGCACCCGUUGAUCAGCCUUGCGAAUUCAAAACCGAAUUUCACCCUCGCAGUGGCCGUCAAGCACUCUACCAAUGCUUUGAGGAGUUUGGCAUCGCUCCUGAGACGCAAGCACUUCCUGCAGAUGAAGAACCGUGGCGUCCGUUCCGGUCACGCGGAGAUUUCGAAUUUUCUGAAAUCGCUCUUGAUGCUGCUCUCAACAAACACCAGAUUGACAGGCUACUUAGCCUCAUCGCCCGCAUAUCGCAGGGUCAAACUCAAAUCACGCUGACAAAUGAGACCGAUCUGCGCAAGGCAUUAGACAAUGCUGCGAGCGAGCUGACGCCAUUCACAAAACAUGAAAUCAAGGUUCCCUACAAGAAAGAAGAACGGGUCUACGAGGUGCAUGCACGUCCUUUAUGGGACUGGGCCCUCGAUCUGUUGGAUAACCCAUUGCUAGCACCCCAUUUUGUUUGGGACGCGCAACGCGUCUACAAACAUAAUGGCAUGGACUUUGAACAUUUCUUCAACGAACCGUGGACUGGUCACCGGUGGUGGGAUAUCCAAUCUCGUCUUCUGCCGGAUCUGAAUGCCGUCCCCUUUUGUUUUAUAUUAUACGCGGACAAGACUAGGCUCUCCUCACAUGGCACCGUUAAAGGGUACCCAGUCGUGGCGCGCUGCGCAAAUCUACCUGUUGAGAUUCGAAAUGGUGAAGGGCUCGGUGGCGGUCAGGUGGUUACCAAUUAUGCAUCCAAAGAGGGGAAACACGGAUAUACUACCCUAAAGCGUGUCGUGUGGCACGAGUCAUUCCUCAAGCUUCUUGUUCACCUUGACCAGUACUCGAAGACUGGGUAUUCAUAUUCGUGUUACGACAAGAUCAUGCGCUGGUUGUUUCCUGUUAUACUGAUACUUUCGGGAGACUAUGAGGAACAAUGCAUGAUGUCUCUCAUACGUGGUUUACAGUGCAAGUGCCCUUGCCCAGUCUGUCUUGUCCCUCUUGACGAGCUUCACGACUUGUCCAAGACCUUCCCAAUCAGGUCUAUGAAAGACGCACAGGUCGCGCUCGACAUUUACAGACAGAACAGAACUGAAGGUGAAGAAGUUCUGAAAGGGCUAGGAUUGCGUCCCGUCGCAAACGCCCUGUGGCUCAUCGAGAAUUCCGACCCUCACGAGGCAUUAAGCCUGGACGACUUGCAUACCUUGCAUGGUGGCACAGGGGGGGUACAUUUACUCAGAGAACUGAAGAUGGUCCUCGCUGACCUUGGACACAAGGCCCAGGACGAUUUCAAGCAACAGGUUGCUGACUUCCCUCGAUGGCGUGCUCUCACCCAUUUCACCACCGUCAUCCAUAUCACCUUUAGCAAUGGCAACAAGAGGUGGGACUUAGUCAAGAUAUCAUUUUAUGCAGCGCUCAGUGUUUUAAAAUGCCAAGUCAGUCCAGAAGGCUACCGCCUUCUUCGAGUCAUUCGCAGUUACCUGCGGUUGGAUAGUUUGAUCGGGCUCGAUGUGCAUACAGAGCGGACACUUGCGAUGAUAGACGCCGAAUUCCUCGUCUAUGAUACUGCACUCAAGGACUACAUUGAAUAUGCCACUACGACAUCAUCCAUUGAGGGCAUCAAGACAGACUGGAACUUUCCAAAGACGCAUCUUUGGAAACACGCACGACGCGACAUUGAAUCGAAAGGUGUGGCGCGUAACUACAGCACACGCCCAAAUGAGAAGCUCCAUGGCCCGCUAAAAUCGGCCUAUCUUUCUCAGUCGAAUGGGAAAGAUGUUGCUAAACAGAUCCUUCGUAUUGAUCAUCAUAAAUGUGCAGCCCUGCUGUUGCGAGGACGUCUGGAUACCCUCGACGAACAAUGCCGCCUACAGGCUUUAGGUGAUGCUGGGCUUGAUGACGAGGACCACGACCACAUCAAUUUGGAUGGACAUUUCAAGCUCGGCUCUCCUCAAAGCCGCGCUGAUACUAUUCAGGAUAUCGAAAACAGGCUCAGUGCUCAAGAUUCAGCGUUUCAAGGCUUCCGCAAGAAACUUGCUAAUUUCAUCAACACGUCAUUACCUACUUAUGGAUACCAGUUGACAAGAUGGACCAUUAUUCCAACUGAUUUCCAGAUUCGUGAAUAUUGCUACCUCAAGCUCAAUUAUGAAAGUACCGUCAACUGGAGACAGUCGACAGAUCACCUCCGAUCCAAUCCUUCUUUCCAUGGGUCUCCACGCUUCGAUUGCGCACUCAUACAGCUUACUGCAGAGAGGACCGUCUUUGUUAAGAUUAUAUUUAUGUUCAAAUGCGAAGUUCCGGAUAUUGGCGCCUUCCAAUUCGCACUUGUUCAGCCAUACACCGCUGGCAUUCCUGGUGGCUCUCGCAGGAUCGACCAAGAUUUGAGGCUCACUCGGGUCAAAGCUGUUCCCAGAAAAGAUUCAAUUUUUGUACCCCUCAAGUCCUUCAUCCGAGGAGCUGUUUUGGCCUGUGAUCCAGAGCACCAAGACGAGUUUUUGGUUGUCGAGCAUAUUGAUAGUGACAUGUUCCUGCGCAUGGAGGCACGGGCAUGUUGA